AUGUUCACGUUCACGCCUCUCCUCGGCGCUCAAUCGUCGUCGAGGGCGUCGCAGUCUAUCUUGGAGCUUGAUGGAGGGAUUAAAAUCCUUGUAGAUGUUGGCUGGGAUGACACGUUUGAUACCUCCGACUUGGCCGAGCUCGAGAAGCAUAUCCCUACGCUCUCUCUCAUUCUGUUAACACAUGCCACACCUGCCCAUAUUGGCGCGCUGGUUCACUGCUGCAGAACGUUCCCUCUCUUCACCCAAAUCCCCAUCUACGCAACGAGUCCCGUGAUCGCCUUCGGCCGUACACUCUUACAAGACCUCUACGCCUCCACCCCGCUUGCUGCCACAUUCCUACCCAAGACGUCGGUCUCAGAGCCAGGCGCGGCAUCGACGGCAUCUGCAACGGCAUUGGACGGAGAUGCUGAAGCUGCUGGCAGCGCAAGCCGAGUUCUCCUACCAUCACCCACGGCUGAGGAAAUCUCGCGGUAUUUCUCUCUCAUUCAACCUCUCAAAUACUCCCAACCACACCAACCGCUCCCUUCGCCAUUCUCGCCUCCGCUGAACGGGCUUACCCUGACGGCUUACAAUGCUGGUCACACUGUUGGUGGAACAAUAUGGCACAUCCAGCAUGGAUUGGAAUCCAUUGUGUACGCUAUGGACUGGAAUCAAGCUCGCGAGAGCGUUGUCGCGGGUGCCGCAUGGUUCGGUGGUUCCGGUGCUAGUGGUGCAGAAGUCAUUGAACAGUUGCGAAAACCAACGGCAUUGAUCUGCAGUACUAAAGGAGGAGAUAAGUUGGCGCUGUCUGGUGGCCGGAAAAAGAGAGAUGAUCUUCUCCUUGAUAUGAUCCGGAGUUGCAUCGCAAAAGGUGGCACUGUCUUAAUCCCAACAGACACCAGUGCUCGAGUCUUAGAAUUGGCGUAUUCAUUGGAGCACUCGUGGCGCGAUGCUGCAUCUGGGGAUAAGGAGGACGUCCUCCAAGGAGCUGGGCUUUAUCUAGCUGGCAAAAGAGUCACCGCUACUAUCAGAUUGGCCCGGAGCAUGUUAGAAUGGAUGGAUGAAAACAUCGUACGAGAGUUUGAAGCCGCCGAGAGCACAGAUGUCACCAACGGGCAAAGAACUGGUGGGCAAGAUAAGUCUUCCAGCAAAGGCGCGGGUCCGUUUACCUUCAAACAUCUCAAGAUUAUCGAGCGCAAGAAGCGACUAGAGAAGCUCCUGUCAGACCCGGGACCCAAAGUCAUCCUUGCAUCUGAUACUUCAAUGGACUGGGGCUUCUCGAAGGACGCUCUUCGACAAGUGGCGGAAGGCCCGAACAAUCUCUUGUUGCUGACGGAAUCUUUCCACAAGGAUUUGGAAUCACAAAAGCAAGAACGCCCUCAAGCACCAGAAACCAUUGGAAGCAUGAUCUGGCAAUGGUAUGAGGAGCGAAGAGAUGGCGUGGCUCUGGAGAAGGGGUCUGAUGGCGAGCACAUCGAACAGGUCCACAGCAACGGGCGAGAGUUGGCUUGGAAAGACGUACAACGAGCCCAGCUCGAUGCUGGAGAACAAUUACUCUAUCAGCAGUAUCUUGCAACCAAGCGACAACUGCAAGAUACAUCUCAAACACUCGGCCAAGAAACGCUUGACACGGCUGCAGACGCCCUUGACGAUGGCUCAAGCUCUACCUCCUCAGAAGACUCAGAUCCUGAGCAGCAGGGUCGAGCCUUGAAUUUCUCGGCAUCACUUGCCCAUGCAACCCGAAGCAAACUUGCCGUGAGCGAUGAAGAUUUGGGUAUCAAUAUCCUUCUCCGCCGAAAGAAUGUUUACGAUUACGACGUGCGCGGCAAAAAGGGCCGUGAGCGCAUCUUCCCUUACGUUGCACCGAGAAAGAAGGGCGACGAGUAUGGAGAAUUCAUUCGUCCCGAGGAGUACCUUCGAGCCGAAGAACGCGAAGAGAUUGACAUGCAACAACGACGUACGGAUGCCGAGACUAAGUUGGGACAAAAACGAAAAUGGGAUGAUGCUGCUGGCUCCCAUGGACGCAAGUUGUCUGGCGGCGCGGCAGGUCGGAAGCGUCCUCACAUGGACGGCAAGCCGCAGGACGAUGAUGAGCUGAGUCUUGUUUCUGACGGAGACGACGCCGAUGCAGCGGUAGAGUCUGAAGAUGAAUCGGAACUUCAGUCAUUCGAAGGCCCCGCCAAGGCAAUCUAUAACAGCCAAGCCAUCACUAUCAACGCCCGAAUUGCAUUUAUUGAUUUCAUGGGAUUACACGACAAGAGAAGUUUGGAGAUGUUAAUCCCUCUGAUUCAGCCUCAAAAAUUGAUCUUGGUUGGAGGAAUGAAAGAAGAGACACUGGCUUUGGCAUCAGAAUGCCAAAAGCUACUAUCCGCCAAACCAGGCACCUCCGACUCUGCAUUGGGCACAGCUGCCAUGGUCUUCACCCCAGCCAAUGGCAUAUUGAUCGAUGCCAGUGUGGACACGAACGCCUGGAUGGUCAAGCUGAGCAACACUCUUGUCCGACGCCUUAAUUGGCAACACGUCCGCAGCCUUGGUGUUGUUGCUCUCACAGCACAGCUGCGGGGACCAGAGCCUGUAACUCUCGACCUCGAGGAUGUUGAAAUAUCCGGAAAGAAAAUGAAGCAGCUAAAAGAUGAGGCUGCUUCCUCUGCAGUCGCCCCCACUUUCGAACUGGGAGACAACAAAGCAUCAGAGAAACCAGAUGUAUACCCCUUGCUGGACACUCUGCCCGCUAGCAUGGCUGCAGGAACCCGAUCCAUGGCCCGUCCUUUACACGUUGGCGAUCUACGAUUGGCUGAUCUCCGCAAGCUCAUGCAGUCCGCCGGCCACAUUGCGGAGUUCCGCGGUGAAGGAACGCUACUCAUCGACAAGAUGGUUGCGGUGCGGAAAUCAGGAACUGGCAAGAUCGAGGUUGAAGCAACCGCGCAAUCAUCGAUGGGCCAGUCAGGUCGGGGAACUGGAAGUUUCCUUGCUGUCAAGAGAAAGAUUUACGAAGGGCUGGCUGUUGUUGCUGGUAACUGA